UUGACAUUUGCGCAAAUAACACACAAAGUCAUAGGCCAUAGCAAAUCAUUCUUCAAUUUAGUUAAUAAUAAUUUAUAGUUUCAUAUUGUCGUCAGACUUACAAUAUACCUAUUUACUAAGCAAACUAUAUUAGCUAAAAUUUAGCAAAAUAAAAAGUGUACUAUAUCUUUCUAAACUGUUCAAAAUACUAUAAUUAUAUCGACUAGUCUAUCAUGAUAUUUCGAAACAAUUCAAAGGUGUACGUUCUAGACGGUGGAUUCUCUUCUCAAAUUUCGCGUCAUGUUGGAGUAACUGCGGACGGUGAUCCCCUUUGGAGUGCUCGGUUCUUACGUAGUAAUCCGGACGACGUAAUUAAAACGCAUUUAGAUUUCAUUCGCGCCGGUGCUGACAUAAUAAGUACAAACACCUAUCAGGCGUCGGUGGACGGAUUCGUAAAACAUCUCGGUCUUACAGAAAACCAAAGUGUUGAUUUGAUUAAACAGGCAGUUGGAUUCGCUAAACGAGCCAAAGAUAUAUAUAAAGAUGAAUGUGAGAAGGAAUCAGUUCAACCGCGUGACAUUUAUAUCGCCGGCUCUGUGGGACCCUAUGGAGCUUAUCUUCAUGAUGGAUCAGAGUACUCGGGUUCAUAUGCUAAAAAUACCUCGAAGGAAUCCAUGGAGAAAUGGCACAGACCCCGUAUUGAGGCUUUAAUAGAUGCCGGUGUAGAUAUUUUAGCUUUAGAAACAAUGCCAUGUGGAAAAGAAGCUGAAAUGCUUGCAAGUAUGAUAAAAAAUUAUGCUCAGAUACCAGCCUGGAUAACAUUCAGUUGUAAAGAUGAUAGAAGUCUAGUUGACGGAGAGGAUUUUCAAACAGUGGCACAAAGAUGCUGGGAAAUAAAUCCAGAACAACUCAUUGGUAUUGGAGUGAAUUGUUGCUCACCUAAGGUUGUUGGGAAUCUUUUUAAAGACAUCAGUAAGGGGAUAGAGCCACCACUAAGUUUGGUUACAUAUCCAAAUUCGGGAGAAAAAUACACAGAGGAAGGGUGGGGGGAGAGAGACUGUGAUUCAUUGGACACAUAUGUGCAUGAUUGGUUGGAUCUUAAUGUGAAGUUUGUGGGAGGUUGCUGCAGGACCUACGCAGAAGACAUUGCCCAAAUAAGAAAGAAAGUAGACUCCUGGGUACAAAAGAGUUCUAAGUAAACAUUAAUGAAAAAUUGUGCCUUCAAAAUUGACAUCUUACAAAUUACUAAACUACUUUUUCAUUUAUUUAAGAUGAUUUUAUUUUAUACCUGUUAUAUCUCAAGUGCAUAUUUCUAUAAAUUGUUAUUAAAAAUUUAUAUUUUAUUGAAUAAAUAAAUUGUGUACAUUA